ACGCACCCUGUGACCCCGCCCACUAUAGGCCGCAGCUAUCCGGGUCUCAGCUCGCUGAGCUUAACAGCUGCGCCUGCGCAGUGCGAGCCCGGAGACGGCUCCCAGAAGCCCCCGGGAGGUAGCCAGGACUUCUGGACCCAGAGUCGGAGCUGUGAGGCUUCCAGGCCGCCCCAUUCCGGAAGGGGAGGCACCGAGAAGUUACCGAGGGCAGCGGUCACCAGGCAGCGGAGAGGAGCCCUGCCUUAGCAGCCUGCUCGCCCGACUUCGAAUGCCGGCGUCCCUGUUGGGACUAAGUUGCCCAGGGGCCCUUGUGCUGUGAGGACUCGCCCACUUCUGGCAAGGAGUUGAAGCCCGGACCGAGUCUGGCCGGUUCUGAGGAGAGAGACCGGUCCGGGUGGCGACCGCUGCUGAGCCGGGCCCAGGCAGGCGCCAUACGGUCGGCGUUUCGGUCUGCGCGCGGGAGGGCGGGGGUCGGCAUCGUGCGCGCGUGACUUGGCGACGGUGACCGACAGUGCGUGGAGGGUGUGACCGGGGAGAGGAGGCGGGUACGUGUGUGAAUGGAGGGUGUGUACGCGCAGGUGUGACGCGACUAGCGGGCGGGCGGCGGAGGCGGCUGGUGUGUGACUGGGGCUCGUGUUUCUGCGCGUGUCUCUUGUGCACUUUGCCCGUCCCAGCAGCGUGUAUUGGAACGAGUGAAGGAUUUUACGUGGCUGAGAGCUGAAAACACCCCCGGAGGAGACCAUCCCACUCGAGUCCGGCACCCCCGACUCCCCCACCGAAAGUUCGGUGUGGCCCAAAGCCUUGGAAUCUUGGGAAGGUGCCCGGUCGGGGUGGGGCGGCUAAAACCUUUCUUCCCUGCCCGCCUGGAAGAUGUAGAAGUCGGGACACCAGACAUGUCCACGGGCCUGAGUAUGGAGCCACCUUGUUGUAGGUGAACAGAAAUAUUCCCCCAUUCCUGCCUCACACUGCUUUGUCUCCAGCCGCACCCCUUCACAACCAGAGUGAGUAAAGCGGGGGGGGGGGGGGGGGGGGAAGAAACACUGCCCAUAGCCUUACUGAAAUAUUCCCCCAUUCCUGCCUCACAGCCACACCCCUUCACAGCCAGAGUGAGUAAAGAGCGGGGGGAGAAACACUGCCCAUAGCCUUACUGUUCUUCACUUGUUUUUCUGCAUGCAGUAAUGGCAGCUCAUGUUUACUGAGUGCUUUCUCUAGGCCAGACACGGUUCUAAGACCUUCGGGGGAUAUUAACACCAAACCUGAAAACAGUAUGAACUGGAAGCUAUCUUAUCUCCUUUUUACAGAGGAGGAUACUGAGGCAUAGAAAGGACAAGUAAUCACUAGUAAGUAGAGGAGCCAGGAUUCACAUCCAAGACAGGCUGAGUCUAGAGUCCCCCCUCAUUCUGGGUCUCAUGUAAGCCCUUCAACAUCUGCUUGGGCUGACAUUCUUAACCACCUUUGACACUUGAGAAACUGACCCUGAGAAGGUUAAAUAAGUUCAAGAGUUCAGAUCCCAAGACCUCCACUGCAGGAGUUUUUUUCUUUAAACUUUCAGACCUAGCUUUUGUUAUGUAAAAUGAGGACGAUAUUAUAUAUACUGUUACAAGGAUUAAGUGAGCUCAUACCUGUGAAGUACAUAGUGUAGUCCCUACCACAUAAUAACCAGUGCUUAAUAAGUGUUCGUUCUUUUAAUCAUCAUUAUAAUGCUUUGAAAAAGCACUGGAGUUUAGAAGAAAGAAACCAGAAUCAAGUCAGUUUAUCCUCUUCCUGAUUGAAGAAACUUGGCUUAGGGGACAGGGGACUUCUUCAGAACUAACUAGUUUGUCACAAAGCAUAAUGGGAACCUGAGUCUCCUGACAGGUUUUUGGUCCAGCUAUCUGCAAGCCACGUGGGCUCUGUUGUAACCAAGGUGGUAAUACUUCUUUCUCGGGAAGAUGGCUUUUUUCAAGUCUCAUAGACUCUUUGCAAAUCCUUAGUAGUUACUUGCACAUGGGGGAUUUUUUUCUGUUAUAUUCUGGUGUCUGCUUGAGUAAAUAACUUGGGUGGAAGUCAGGCAAAUCUACGUUAGUGACUAGGCUCCACUGUUUACAAGCUUGUGACUUGUGCAAAAUACUUUACUUCCCAGAGCUUUCAUAUGUGAAACUGUGACAAUACUCCCCAUUUUUGUUGAAGAUUCUGAUGGUCAAAUCAGAGUUUUAAUAUAUACAGCAUGCCUUAUACAUCUGUAUUAUUAUUGAAAGGGUGGAUUUGGGUGAGAGAGCGAUUGUGCUCAGCCUGGAAAUCCAGAGCAGAGCAGAACCCCAGCUGUAAACUAAAGGUCUCCCAGCGACUUCCUGGACUGUGAGAGGAGGGUGCAGCAGGAAUGGAGCAUGGAGUAGAGAACAGACGGGGCUGAAGGGCGAUGCUUCUGGGCUGUGACUGUCAGAGCUGCUCAGUUUCACAUCAUUCCUUUCUCCUCCUCCCAGCUCUGCCCUCUCGGGGUAAAGCCCUUCUCCACAUGAGGAGCCAGGAAGAAGAGGUGAUGGGAAUUGAACUUCUUAAAGCCAUGUCCCUGGAUGCAGUGACUUUCAUGGAUGUAGCCGUCGACUUCUCCCAAGAUGAGUGGGAAUGGCUGACUCUUGCUCAGAGGACUUUGUACAAGAAAGUGAUGUUAGAGAACUACAGCAACCUGGCUUCGCUGGGUCUUUGCAUUUCAAAACCAGAUGUGAUCUCUUUCCUGGAGCAAGAUAAAGAGCCCUGGAUGAUGAAAGGAGAGUUGACCAGAGGCCUGUGCCCAGGCUUGGAGUAUGUGUGGAUGAAAAAGGAAUUAUCUCUAAACCAGGACAUCUAUGAGGAAAAGUUAUCUCAGGCAAUGAUAAUGGAAAGACUUACAAGCUAUGACCUUGAAUGUUCCACAUUAGGGGAAAACUGGAAGUGUGAAGACCGGUUUGAGAGGGAGCUGGUAAGUCCAAAGACACAUUUUAGGCAAGAGACAGUCAGUCACAUAGAUACCCUUAUUGAGAAAGGAGACCACUUUAACAAAUCUGGGACAAUUUUUCAUCUGAAUACAUUAUGUUAUAUAAAACAGGUAUUUCCCAUCAAAGAGAGAAUAUAUCAUUUUGACACAGAUAAGAAAAGCUUAAAGACACAUUCCUUUGUGAAAAAAGACAAGCAGGUCUAUGGAGAAAAGAAACUUUUGAAAUGUAACAACUGUGAGAAAACUUUCAGCAAAAUCUCAACUCUUACUCUUCAUCAGAGAAUUCAUACUGGAGAGAAACCCUAUGAAUGUCUCGAAUGCGGAAAAGCCUUUAGCCAGAGUGCCCACCUUGCUCAACAUCAGAGAAUCCACACAGGAGAAAAACCCUUCAAAUGUACUGAGUGUGGAAAAGCAUUCAGCCAGAAUGCUCAUCUCAUUCAACACCAGAGAAUUCACACUGGAGAAAAACCUUAUCAGUGUGAGCAGUGUGACAAAGCCUUCAGCCAGCUUGCAUAUCUUGCCCAACACCAGAGAGCUCACACUGGAGAGAAACCCUACGAAUGUAUCGAAUGUGGGAAGGCCUUUAGUUAUUGUUCAUCUCUGGCUCAUCACCGAAGGAUUCACACUGGAAAGAGGCCCUACAAAUGCACUGACUGUAGGAAAGCCUUCCAGCAGAACGCUUCUCUUACACGCCAUCGAAGGUACUGUCACACUGGAGAAAAGCCCUUCGAUUGUAUCGACUGUGGGAAAGCCUUCACUGACCACAUAGGACUUAUUCAGCAUAAGAGAAUCCAUACUGGAGAGAGACCCUAUAAAUGUAAGGUGUGUGGAAAGGCUUUUAGCCAUGGCUCCUCCCUGACCGUCCAUCAGAGAAUUCAUACAGGAGAGAAACCCUAUGAAUGUAGUAUCUGUGAGAAAGCCUUUAGCCAUCGUGGCUCGCUCACUCUUCAUCAGAGAGUCCAUACUGGAGAGAAACCCUAUGAAUGUAAGGAAUGUGGGAAAGCCUUCCGGCAGAGCACGCACCUCGCCCACCAUCAGAGAACUCAUACUGGGGAGAAAGCUUACUAAUGUAGGGACUGCAGCAAAACCUUCAGCCAGAGUGCUCAUCUUGCACAGCGUCAGAAGAUACACACUGGAGAGAAACCACAUGAAUGGAAGGAGUGGUAAGGCCUUCAGUCAGAUUGCUCACCUUAUUCAGCACCAGGGAGUUCACACCGGUGAGAAGCCUUAUGAAUGUUUUCAAUGUGGGAAGGCCUUCAGUAAUGGCGCCUAUCUUGCUCAACAUCAGAGACUUCCCACUGGCAAAAGACCCUAUGCGUGUCUCGAAUGUGGGAAGGCGUUCAGACAGAGGGCAUCCCUGAUCUGUCACCAAAGGCGUCACAUGGGCGAGAAAACUUACAAAUGCAGCAUCCGUGGAAAAGCCUUUAGUCAUCGUAAAUCCCUUACUCUGCAUCAGAGAAUUCACACAGGAGAGAAACCUUACGAGUGUAAGGAAUGCAACGAGGCCUCCAGCCAGACUGCCCAUCUGGCACUGCACAGGAGAGUUCACACUGCAGAAAGGCCGUAUAAGUGUAAAGCAUGUGGAAAAGCGUUUAGGUAGACUGUACAUCUUGCUCACCAUCAGCGAAGUCAUGCUGGAGACUCGUCCUCGGUGAUUGCCUCCUCUUCCUACCACCACGUCCUCUAGUUUCAAUCUUCUAAACAUUUCUAGAAUCGAUCACUUUUUUUCUAGCUCAGCGUGUCAUUAUCACAGUUCAAGAUGCAGCCAUCUCAUUUGGAUUUCUGCAUAGCAUUACAACCAUAUUUCCUCUUGCUCCCCUCAAGUGUAUUUUUAACACUGUAGCCAACUGAAUCUUUUAAAAAUAAAGAAUUUAUUCAUGUUA